AUGAAAUCAUCUUCAUCAUCACCGAGUACUUUAAGAUCCCCCUUCAACACGAAAUCAUCUUCAUCACCAAGUGCUUCACGAACCUCUCUUUCCAAUACGAAAUCAUCUUCAUCACCGAGUGUUUCACGAACUUCUCUCUCCAAUAUGAAAUCAUCUUCAUCACCAAGUACUUCACGAACUUCUCUCUCCAAUACAAAAUCAUCGUCAAAUAUUAUUAAAUCAAAGCUUGCAGGCUUACAAGUAAAAAUUCCGAAAAUCCAUUUACCAAAAUCGAUAAUUCUAGACGAAAGUCGAGUUGAAGCAACCGAAACUUUGCGAUCAUCAGAAAAAAAUUUGAGUAAUUUUGAUCUGAAGGUAGAAAAUGGGAAAUUAAGAGCCGAUAAUAUGGAAUUGCAAUAUAAGAUAGACAAACUUAAUAAAGAACUUGAAGAGUCGAAAGAACUAAAUGAAAUGCUAAUAAAAAUAAAUGAGGAAUUCGGAAAAGAGAACGACAGACUUUAUGAACGAAUCGAUUUUUAUAAGAACCUUCGGAUGCCAAGAAGCAUGAAAAAAAGUUCAAAGCCUAAACAUAAACAUCAAAGGUAUCAUAAAUUUUUGUUAUCCGUUUUAUAA